GAUAUUCGAAGCGGGUAUAUAUAAUUAAGUACACAUUAUGUCUUGUACUUCCUGGUUAGCUGUGGACAUAAUGUGAUGUUGUUAUUGGUGCAAUGAACAUGAUGUCAAAGCUGCAACCACAUGCAAAUGUAUUUUUGAUUAUUAUAGCGAUCCUUUUUGUACCACUAACAGCACAAAUAAAUCUUGCUUUACAUGGAACACCAGGACAGGAAACAACAUACACAGACACAGCUGGUAUUUCAUACAAUGCAAGCUUAGCUAUAAAAGGACCUGCAAAUAAUAAUUGGAAAGAUGGAUGUUCUUCUACAGCCGCUGGACAAGCGACACAAUGGUGGGGGAUGUCUUUCCCGAAAUUAGUCUACAUUACUAAUAUUAAAUAUUAUUUAAGGAAUGAUAAGGCACAUCGCAUGAAUGGUUUCCGGUUGUACCUUGCAAAUGACACUGUGUAUUUAAAAACUGAACUGUGCUAUGUAGAUAUAGGGAAACAGGCCUUCCGUAACCUGAUUCAGAGUGUCGAUUGUGAUUUAAGCCCUACCAAGGAUGUUUAUUUCUUUAACAGAAAAACAUUUGUCGAAUUAUGUUACAUAGAAAUAUAUGGAUGUUGGAAAGGUACCUGGGGAACCAAUUGUACAACGGAUUGUCCAGUUGAAUGUAUAGAUAGACAUUGUUAUCCUGCAAAUGGUUCCUGUAUUUGGGGUUGUGAUGUACAGAAGUGUUAUCAUGGAGUCUGUGAUGCGAAUACGGAUGUUUGUUCGAAGGGAUGUGUCGCGGGAGAAGGCGGCAGAUACUGUACUUUCUAUAAUACGGUUUAUAAUGGAACUGCAAAACAUAGCCUUUCUGGUCUUAGUUUACCCGCAACUGUAUUAACCGAUGGAAACACAACUUCAUGCAUCAACAUAGAAACAACCAGUUCGAAUUCAUAUAUACAGAUUGGAAAUGAAUCGUUAAUUGUAAUAACCGGGGUGUAUCUUUUCUUUGGAGACAAUACUACCACUGACGGUAAGCACGAAGUGUAUUGUUCUAAUACUACUGAUACAUGGAUUGAUGGUACAAUGUUAUACAAUGCAGAGUAUAAUAACGAGGACAUAGACGUAUUUGCUGUUUGCAAAUACAUUUUUUAUUUACCACCCAUCCUGAAUGAAAAUACAAAGAUAGAUAUAUGUGAAAUUGAAAUUGGUGGAUGUCCUUAUGGGAAAUACGGAGACAGUUGUAAAUUAAUUUGUCCAAAAAACUGUAUGGGACUAUGUGAUUUAACUAGCGGAAAUUGUAUGCUCGGUUGCUUAGAUGGUUGGCUUGGUGAAAAAUGUGACAUAGCCUGUGAUGAAGGUAAAUUCGGUAGUCAGUGUCUGCGUGACUGCUCAUCAAACUGUUUAUCAUCACCCUGUGAUCCUGUGACGGGACAAUGUAAAGCAGGCUGCAUGAAAGGAUUGGAAGGAUUCAAUUGCACAGACGAGUGUAGUAAUGGAUACUUUGGUUGGAAUUGUUCAGAAACAUGUAAUGGAUGCAUAGCAGAUGAAUGUAACCAUAUCAAUGGAGUCUGCAUAAAUGACAGUAUUUGUAAACCUGGCUACGUGUAUGGAAAAUACUGUAAUCAAACAUGUGAAGAUUGGCAUUUUGGAACUAAUUGUAAUAAGAUGUGUAACUGUCUUAACAUAUCAUGCAAUACAUUUACUGGCAAGUGUCCAGAAGGCGGCUGCAAAAAAGGAUGGCGUGGUGAUUCAUGCGAUCAAGAAUGUACCCACGGUUAUUUUGGUUUCAACUGCAUACAGUUUUGUGGAACAUGUUAUAACAAUUCAUGUAAUAAAUUGAAUGGCAGUUGUGAAGCUGGAUGUAAAGGUGGAUUUAUUGGUUCUCUCUGUGCAUUUAAAGACAACCAGGAGUCGCCAUCAGGUCCUGGUCCAGCUGUAGGAGGAAGUAUUAGUGGUGUCAUUAUAGUCAUUACAUUAGUUGUUCUUGCUGUUAUUAUUUACAGACGGAGGUCAACUUCACAAAAUGAUAAAUAUUUAAGUGAUAAUGAAGCACUUAAUAAACAAGCAGAGGGAAACACGUAUUUCAAUCAUGAGAUCAUUCAAAAUAAGGAGGAAGGAUAUGCAAAUAUGAGUUGUGAAACAUCUGUCGAUGAUGUUCAAAUAUCUUUGCCUGGCACAAAAGCAGGUAAAGUCAGAUAUAAUGAAGAAAAUGAUCAAUUGCCAGAAGAGGAGGAAUACAAUGAAGGAGAUGAAGGAGAUUUGUAUACUAAUAUAGCUGCUGAACAAACUAAACACAAAAUAUCAAUAUCAGACCUGAAGAAAGUUAUAAACGAGAAAAGAAAAGACGAAGGUUUUCAUAAUGAAUACAAGAUUUUUCCAAAAGGGCUUGUUCGUGCACAUGAGGAAGGUUCAAAAGAGGAAAACAAACUUAGAAAUCGUUUCCUGAAAACUUGGCCAUAUGACCAUUCACGGAUUAUCUUGACUGGAAAUACCAAGCAUGAUUAUAUAAACGCUAGUUAUAUUGACAGUUAUGACAAAGAAAGGGCAUACAUAGCAUCACAAGGUCCUAAAAAGAAUACUCUAAGAGAUUUCUGGCACAUGAUCUGGCAGGAGAAAGUUGGCAAAAUAGUAAUGGUAACGAAACUAGAAGAGGAAAGAAGGAAAAAAUGUGAACAAUACUGGCCUCAAAGCAUCAACAAAGCAAUGCCAGUAGAUAGUUAUAGACUUGUUAUGAAAAAGGAGAUACAACAUACAGUGUAUGUGUACAGAUUAUUUAUUCUACAAAACAACAGCUUGAAGAAUAAGCAAGAACGAAAAGUUCAUCAUUUCCAUUUCACUCAAUGGCCUGAUCAUGGUGUUCCAGAUAGCGUCAAAUUGGUUAAUUUUUACAGAAAAGUCAAAAGCAUAAAAGUGGAAAAGAGUACCCCAAUGGUGGUGCAUUGUAGUGCUGGUGUUGGAAGGACAGGUACAUUCAUAGCUGUAGAUGCCCUUUAUGAGCAUGGAAAGAAAGUUGGUUACGUUGAUAUAAUGGAGUAUGUUCAGAUGAUGAGGAAAGACAGAAUGAAUAUGAUUCAAACACAUGAGCAAUAUGCGAUCGUGUUUGAAGCACUGCUUGAAUUAUUCACAGUUCCAGAUACAUCAAUUCAAAAGAAUAAUUUCUGUGAAUAUAUACAAAAGCAAGAAAACAAGACAAAAAAUCAAACAAUAUACAGAAAAGAGUUUCAGAGAUUGCGAACGCUGCGGCCAUCAUAUUCUUCUGAUCAGUUUACUUCUGCAAGUUCAAAAGAAAACAAAUCAAAGAAUUCUACAACUGUUCUUGCACAUGACAGAUAUAGGCCAUAUUUAAUGUCUUAUGGUAAAACAAGAAGUGACUACAUCAAUACUGUAAUAAUUCCAGGCUAUGCAGUUGGUAGUAAAAUGUUUGUAACACAGUGCCCACUUGUAGAAACUGUAAUUGAUUUUUGGACAAUGAUGUAUGAUCACAGUUCCAGAAUUAUUGUUUUGUUGGAUCCUGGAAAUAAGGGAGCUCCAUUAUGGCUGGAGAAGAAAGAAAUGCUACAAUUUGAUGAUUUCCGUAUUAUCAAAGAAACGGAAAAUGCACAAGAAGAGCUUCAGCUUACUUUAAAUCAUACGAAAAAUAAAGAACAAAUCUCAAUAAAUGUUUUCACUGCUGACGAUUGGACGACCAGUAAUGCACCACCCUCACCAGAGUAUAUGUUAGAUCUUCUGCAGCGUGUUCAAAAUUGCUGGGAAACGGAGAAAGUUCCUAUAACUGUAGUUUGUAGUGAUGGCUGUAGUAAGAGUGGGCUAUUUGUUGCCUUAAGACUGGUUUUGGAAAAAAUGCAGAUAGAUGAGGAAAUCGAUAUUUUCCAAGUAGUUAGAGAAAUUCAAAAGAGGCGACCAGAAUUCCUAACGGAAUUUGAUCAGUACGAAUAUUGUUAUAAGUGUAUCAAAGAGCUACUGGAUGGAGAUUCUCGAGAUUCGUUGUAUGCGAAUAUUUAGUGAAGUUCAAACUUUCUGCGAUAUUUAAGUGGUUUUUUUAUUAUUGUUCUUUAUACAUUAUGUAUGCUUAUUGGCCUCGCAGUACUGCAUCAGCAUUUUUCAUUGACAUGUACAAGCAACAAUGACAUACAAAUAGCAAACUUUAUUUCGACAACAAACGGACAAAAUAAACGCAUACAUUUUUUAGUAUCUAAAGGAUCAAUUCUCUCGAGGAUUAAUUUACAUCUUGUCCGCGAAUGGAGCAGUUAUUUUUACGAUAAACGAAGGAACAAUGAAUAUGUAUGAUUAAGCAAAAUUUGUUUUCCCUGAUAGAUAGAUUAAUUGUUUUCGCAAUUCCAAUGUAGCAGAGAACUUUUUUGUUUGUUAGAUUUUUCUUUUUUACUUGUUCACUGUAGGUGCUAUUGUAUACAUACAUAUACACAUAUACAUAGUAUUUACUGUGACAGUCAUGUUUAUUAUUUAUUUUUCUAAAUUGGAUUCAUUUGUUUUAUCCAUAUAACAAUACCGAUACGUACAUUAUUUGUCAUAAAAAUAGAUAGAUAUAUAUAUAUAUAUAUAUAUAUUGAUUGUUAAGUUUCCACAAAAAUACCAAAUAUUUGUUUGUAUAAAGAAACAAUUUUUUAUACCAGACUGAGUAUUCAUUAAUUUCUGUUAUGAUAAAUGAACGCUGGUACUAAAUUUGUCCUUCUCGUCGACCGAAAUAUGGACCAAAUUGAAAAGCAUUUGCAUUAUGCCGCAAUGGUGUCGGUCCUAGUUUGCAGAAAAGAGUUCAAACAAACUAUAUAUACUUGAAAUAUCCCAGUGGAGUAUGACAAAUUUGAUUAGAAAAGACUAAAUAUUUCGACCAAAUUAAGACUCAUUAUACAUUCGUUACUACGGUAGUGCGAUUCAAUGGUUCUUUGCCGUGUUGUCCUUUUCCGUUAGCUAUAGGUGUUUAAAUAUCAAAAUAUAUUGUCGCUAGUAAUUUCUUGUAACACAAAAAAUAACAAAAAUACAAAUAGUCCAAAUAUUCAAUUUCCAAAUAUUUAUCUUAACCAAGCGUAAAUAUUGUAAUGUACUGUAUCAUAAUUUUAUGAUCUAUCGCCCCGUAAGAUUUAUCGUUGGCUAUUAUUCAAUCAUUUUAUAUUUUAAAAUAUAUAUUUAUAUUAAUCAAGAUUUUAAAUCCAUCUUUUGUAAUGUUUAAUCAUAUUAAAUCAACAAAUAUAUGCCCACAUGCAUAACUGUUUAUCUAGCAAUAUGUUAUUACCAUUUUUGAUUUUAUGAUUUCAUAUACGUAGUAAAGGAGAUAUUUUAUGUACACCUAUUUUUGUGCCUUAAUAAUACAUGAUCUUGGUUGAUUUUUAUUUUGCUGCUUUAUAAUUACAGGUUUUAUUACAUAUAUACAGAGUAAAAUGUGUUCAGCAACAAAUAUUUCAAAUUUCAUUUUUGAAAAUCAAACUUUACUUCUGCACAUACCAAUAAACUAGGUAUUGUCACAAAGAACAUACACCAUAAGGUGCAAAUAUAUAUAAAAUAUAUUUCCUCAACUUUUGAAAUUUUUUCAUUUAAACUUUUUUUUCGAUUUAAAGCUGUGUUUCUUAACUUUAUUUAUCAGUAAAUUUUCACAGGGUUCACAUAUAAAAAAAAAGUUUAAGCCUCUAACAUGUGCGACCAUGCGCAUGUUAUUAAUUAUUAUUGUUUUCUUAUUAUGUGUUGUUUUUGUGUUAUAUGAAUGUUUUGUCUUUUUCGUGACAGAUCUUUGUUAGUCUCUUAAUUAUAAUAGCGACUCUAGAAUUUCUCGUAUUUCUUUCAUAUUUAACAUUGUGUGAUCCAUUUCUUCUUUUAAAAAUAUGUGCAAUCGGAAAAAGCUUAUGGUUAUUAUAAUACAUGUAUCCUAAUAGUAUCCCCACCUCAAACCAUUUUUGCAAGAUGAUGGUAUAUAGUAAUCAGGUUGUGCGUCAGUUUGCCGCCCGUUUGUCUGUUCAUCCGCCCGUCAAACAAGUUAUUAGCGAAAUUGGAUUAGUACUUUUUUUUUCUAUCAUACUAGAUUUAUCCCCCGUUUCUUUUGAUCAUACUGUGUACUUUCAUAGUUAAAGAAUCAUUCAAAUUAGUGUACAUACGUUUUCAAAACAAUUAUCUCUGCAAGACCGUUUGUAUAUUUUCAUAUUUAUAUAUAUACACAUUAAGGAUGUACACCUCUGAGGAGCCAAAAAAAUCUCAUCUUCGCAAGCCAAGGGUUACGAUCCACUUCCCUCCUCUCCACCCUUGGCGGAUUGAGAUAUAAUUUCGGAGACACAAGGUAAUGAUGUUCAUUGGUUGCAGUCGAAACUCACUGCAUCCAAUCAAAAAGCGCCUAUAACAUGAUCACGUGUAAAUGUAGAAAGUGUAUGUAAACAAUUGCCACGUGCUUAUUGUGCAACAAGUCUUUACAUCCCUAAACAUACGACUAUAUUUAGUGACAGACAAUUUGAAUGUUUUUAAUCAACUAAUAGAAGUUCCUGUCUAUGUUUCUUGCACAAAUGCAUUAAUGUCAACGUAUAUUUUCGUUUCCUGCUUUACCAAGUGUGUAGAAACUAGACGCUACCGUGUUUUUACCUCCAAAUUGAAGAGUUCAAGUGCUAUCAUUGGUUAAGAAUAAUGUAUUAGGAAUGGGCGUGACUGUAAUCUACCGAUAGAUGGCGCAACAUUGUUAUCACAAAUGUUGGCUUAAUCUGCCAAGGGUGGAGAGGAGGGAAGUGGAUCGUAACCCUUGGCUAGCGAAGAUGAAAAAUUCUAGAAUUAAACUUUUUUCUUAACCUGAUUUUUGGGUUUAUAUGACUGUAAAAAAAUAAUUGGUGAAGAAAAAAUCAUAUGGUGGUGCACUUUGUUUUGCUACGGCCCUUUAAAAGUACCCAAUUUUGAUGAUUUUCCCAUUUUUCAUCAAUUUUUACCUAUUUUUGGCCUAUUUUUGAUGUUUAUCGUGAAAAAAAUCACAGUCCCACAAUUAAACUUUUUUCAUACUUUCAAUAAAGAUGUAGUGGACCAAUCUAAAUAAAUUUAACUUAAAAGAACUAUAGGUAGGUGUUAAUAUAAGGUAGUAUUAUCAUAUUUUGACGCUUUUUUGUGUCAAAUUAACCAUGCUGUCAAUUUUGUGAAUUUGUGAUUUUUUCUCUGUUUUAAGAACAAAAUGCAUAUUAUUUCAACUUCUUUGUUAUGAAUGAUUAAAAAAAUACAUAUCUAAUAAAUUUGAAAAGAAAAAAGUGAUAUGGGAUGUACAUGUUUCUGGUAAAAUCAUUUCUUGUACCCCUUACCCAUUUUCUCAAAAUUUUGUCCAAAAAGACUGAGUCAGACUUGAUUGGUAAUAAAAUUUGUAAAAAUUGAUUACUCACAAACUACUCAUUGUAAAUACGCAAUUCUUUCACAGAGUUAAGUUUGAUUAUAACAUUUUUUAAAUUCAUUGAUAUUUUCCACUUGUAUCACAUGUUUUGGAAAUAAUUCCAGAACGAGAUUUCAACGAUACUAUAACGUCAGAAGAAUACAUCCUUAAAUAAGACUUAUCGUACAUGUGCAUAAUACUGAAAUUUGAGACGGCUCACAAUUGUCAACAAAUUGAUCUUCCUUAUUUCUUAAAACUUCUAAUUCAAGUUUAUUUGUUUGAGCGCUAAAAAUAGGAUGUUGAUAGUAUCUCCCCUUAUGUCAUUUCCUUUUACAAUUUAAACCCAAGAUGGAUAAUAUAUAAUACCCACACAGAGUUCCUUUAAUUUGUUAUGCAUGGAUAGUUUCCGUUGAUUAAAAUCCUACAGGGUAUAUGUUAAAAUUUAGAGCGAAUAUAAGUUCUUCCUCGUUUACUUUAGCCAUAACGCAAUGUAUUUUGCUUCCACUUAAGGUAUGUAUUUUUUCUCUAUUCAUUGAACAACACUUGCUAAAAUGAUAUGUUAAAAGUAUUUCGAUUGUUAAUAUGACUUGUGUAUAUCGAUUUAAUUUUAGUCAUUGAAAUGUUCAAUCUUGAUUAAAUUAUUCAUUAAUUGUUA